UCCCUGAGCUGCACUGCGCAGUUUCUUCAGUACUUCCUGGAGAAGAGGGAGAAGCACAUCACUGUGGUUGUAGGAACAUCUGGGGACACAGGGAGUGCUGCCAUUGAGAGUGUGCAAGGGGCAAAGAACGUGGACAUCAUCGUUCUGCUGCCCAAAGGUCACUGUUCAAAGAUUCAGGAGCUCCAGAUGACAACAGUGCUGAAAGAGAAUGUCCAUGUGUUUGGAGUGGAGGGAAACAGCGAUGAACUUGAUGAGCCGAUCAAGGCUGUGUUUGCUGAUGUGGCUUUUGUCAAGAAGCACCAUCUGAUGAGCCUGAAUUCAAUCAACUGGUCCCGGGUCCUCGUGCAAAUGGCCCAUUACUUCUUUGCUUACUUCCGGUGUGCACCCUCUCUGGACACACACCCUUUACCCCCUGUGGAGGUGGUUGUGCCAACAGGGGCUGCUGGUAACCUUGCAGCUGGGUGCAUUGCUCAGAAAAUGGGCCUGCCCAUCCGCCUGGUCGUGGCAGUGAACCGCAAUGACAUCAUCCACAGGACUAUCCAGCGGGGGGACUUCUCUUUGUCUGAGGCUGUCACACCAACCUUGGCAUCAGCUAUGGACAUUCAGGUGCCCUACAACAUGGAGAGGAUCUUCUGGCUGCUCUCUGGCUCCAACAGCCAGGUGACGAGAAUCCUCAUGGAGCAGUUUGAAAGGACCCAAAGUCUGAAUCUACCCAAGGAGUUGCACAGCAAGCUUUCAGAGUCAGUGACAUCUGAAUCAGUGUCGGAUGAUACCAUCACCAAGACCAUGUGCCGCUGCUGGGCCGAGAACCAGUACCUGCUGUGCCCCCACUCAGCCGUGGCCGUGAGCUACCAUUACCAGCAGGUGGAUAAGCAGCAGCCCAGUGUUCCCCGGUGCUGUCUGGCCCCUGCCUCUGCAGCCAAGUUCCCAGAAGUUGUCCUGGCUGCCGGGCUGUUCCCUGAGACUCCCGCGGAGAUCCUAGCCUUGGAUCACAAGGAGACCUGCUGCACCCCCAUGAGGAGAGCUGACAACUGGACGCAGAUGCUUCGGGACACCAUUGAGGACCUAAGCCAGCAGUGGAGGGCUCGUGGCCUGAACUCAGAAUAACCAGGCUAGAGUUAGCUUCCCUUAGGCCUCAGACCGCAGGGAGCCGCACUCUCUGAGCUGCCUGUGCACCUUCUCCCCUUAAGAGCUGGCGUAGGAGAUUCUCCAAGGCUGCUCCACUGGGUUUGGGGCCAGCUGGCUUUGCUCUGUUCCAUGGCUGUCCUGUGCUCUGAUCGUGGUGGUGCUGAGCCUCUCACCAGGGAGGCUGGGUGAAGGGUGUGGGUGGUUGCUGAAGUGCCUCCAGCCCCUGCUGGACCUGCUGUAUGUGAACAUUUCAGGGCCUGCAAAUGAAGAGCCUUCGGCACAGGAACAGCCAUAGCUUCGGGGCCUUGGGAUCCCAGACCUGUGAAGGUGAGGGCUGCUCAGCUCCUAAAAGCAGGCCUAAGGCUUACAGUCUGUGAGCCUCAGUUGACCAGGCCCCCAAGCCAACUCUAAGGUCUACCGUAUCAGAGGCUUCCACCCUUUUGAAUGUGGGGAAUCCCUGCAAUAAAGUGCUCUUGCGGUGGAUUGGA